CUGAUUGGCUGAUCAGCGCCAACGCGGUUUUCAUGGAGUGUUGAGGUUGUUGUGUAGUAAAAUAGAAAUCUGUAAUGAAUUUGAACAAUAUUUCUCCUCGAUAGAGGCUAUGGAGGGGUUGAGGUGUCUUGUGGAGUGUUGGGCAGAUUUCGGUGACUUGCUUUCUGCGAAAGCGAUCUGUCAUGGCCCAGAUGUCAUUAUAAGCACCGGGACUGAACACAUGUUCGUUUUCAGUGGCCAAGAGAGAAGAGUUAAGACUGUCCUGCAGUUUGAGUGUCCAGUCACAUCCCUGGCCUUAGGUGGUGAUCAGUGCAGUCUCUAUGUUCUGUGUGAGAAUAAUCACCUUUACUGCACCACUCUCUCUCAGGACUCCAGCUCCUUCUCUGCAGAAGAGGGUGAUGACCCCACUUUGUCCAUGGUGUCCAAGGACUCUGUUCUAGUAGAAGAUGGCAAUAUGCUCUCUUUCACGGUUGCAGAAGACAUUCUCAUUACCGUCAGUCUCAAAGAGUCUUUUUGGAGUUUUCAGCUCUGUUCAACCAGCUCAACAGGAUUUCAGAAACAUGCAGGAUUUCAGGUCCCAGCUGUCACUCAGAAUGAUGUGGAUUUGCAGGAUAGGAUGAGCUUAGCUCCAACAUUGACAUGCUUCUACCCCAACUCCUCACUUAAAGGACAUGCAUGUAAACACCACCACAGUCUCGACCCUCUCCUUUUCAGGCUCUUAUUCGGAGUUGAUGCAUCUCUUACAAAUUCUCCCAUCAUUGUUUGCGGUUUACCCGAUGGACGUCUUGCUUUUUUCCCACUAUUCUUACCUGCACUGACCAGCUCAAGAGGACAACAAAAGCCACCAACCAAGAUAUUUUACAGCUUAGAGCAACCAGUAGUAUUUAUCGGAACGUCUGUUGUUGGAGAUCAGGGUCCACAGUGCCUGGUUGUGAUUGGUCAGAAGGGUAGAAUCCUGUUGAUCAAGGCCAACCAAAGAAGCUCUGAUGGAAAGGCAGCCGAUUGCAGGUUCAUUGAGCAUGUGGUGCAGGGGCCUGUGGUGUGUGCCUGUGUAGACCGUGAACAUUUAUACUACAGCACUGCCACAAACCUGUUCUGCUUGUCCCUGAGUAAGAUCUUAAUACCUUCAUCAUCAUCAUCAUCAUCAUCACCCGUGACAGCAGUAUCGGAGGGAGACAGCACAAUACCAGUCAGAGCGGUCUGUCUGAAUGUAUGCAGAGUAAUCGCACUAACUGAGCCUUCCAUCAGUCCUGCAGGCAGUGUGCAGCUGCUGGCUGUGUCUCUCAGUGGAAGACUUCUUCAAGUGACUCUCCCUCAGGACUCGGACAAUGCUAAAGUGUCUAGACUGGCUUCAUCACAAGCAGGGCAGAAAAUCAAAGACCUUUUGGCUGGUAUUGGAAAUGUUUGGGAGAGAGCAUCAGUUGAGAAACAACAGCUGGAAUUGAAGAAUAACACACUCAAGCGUUUGAACCACAUACUCAACAUCUGCCACUUGCUUCUAAACUCUCAGAAGAAUGCCCAAGAGGUGUGUGAUCUCCGGUCACCAAUCCACUGUCGGGUGGCAGCCAAAUGGAGUACGCUACUUCAGAAAGACUCUUUGAUUGUCACUUGCAUAUUGGAAAACCAAAGUUCUUGUGUCUUGGACCAAGGAUGGACCCUUUGCCUUCAAGUGCAGUCAAGUCUUUCUGUCAGUGCAGGGGGCUCAUCUAGAACCUACUCUUUUGCUUUGACGAAAUUAGACUGUGGUCAAAAAGCCGAAGUGACAUUACCUCUUGAGACUGAUGCUGCCUUGUUUCUCCCGGUCCAAAUCCACUGCUCGCUUGGGUACACUUUACAGUCUUUACUUAACCCAGAGGAGUUCAGACAGCUCUCAAUUAAUGACACCUCCCUAUCACAGCUUCUCAUACACACAGGCAGCAUCUGUCUGGUUCUGAACACGUUCACACUAGACUGGCUAGACGCCUUACAGAUAGGAGAGCCGACCCCAAAUGGUGAUCAUAUUCCCAAACAAAUCAGUGCUUGGGAAGCCACCAACAUGCUUCUGAGCUCCAGACAGAUCCAUACAGAGGAGCCAGCAAUGCCGAAGACCACUCCGCAUACCGUAGCAGUCCACAUAUCCUCCGAGUUCCUGAGGAAACGGCUCAGCUUACCAGAAUGUAGCAGUGGACUUCUCUGCAUCUCUGUGCUCAGAUGGCUGCUGUGUGGUACGUCUAAUGCAGAGGGCCAAGAGGAUGUACAGAGUCCAGUUGUGUGUGCCAGAGGGCCGGACAGACAGGAAGUCAGACUGCUGACCAAAGAGGUCAUACUGAGUGACUUUGGCUCUGAUGGACCCCUGUCUGUCGUGGAGGUUCAGGUAGAGAGUGUGUCCAUGUCUGCAGUGUGUGGAUUACAUCAUGCUGUCCUGCGACGGGUUCAGGUCCUUCUGAACGAUGCCUCUGUGAAACCUGAGAAGCCUGCAGAGCUCAGAAGACAGCGCUUGUGUGAUGCUGUUCGGCACAUGGAGUGUCUUUAUAAGGACCUGCAGGACUUUCGUGACCCAGCUGCUGGAGUUAUGAAGACGAGGAGGACGUCGGAGUCACUGUUUCACCUCUACCUGCAACUCCGAGAGAAGCCACUGGUCAUUGUGUAAAUGCACACACACACUAGGUCAUCAACAUCAGGGAGCAAUGUAAAUAAGCAAUUAUAUACAUGGGCUUCAAAUUUUGGAAAAAGUGAAUAUUAAUUUUUUAUAUAUGGAUUUAUUCAGUCUAUGGCUCUAUUUUUGUCUGUAUAUCAGUUUGACC